AUGAGCGCAUUAUCAUGGCUCAAGCCGAAUGCAAAGAUAUCUCUAUUCCACUGCGAAAGUAACCCACUGCUGCUAACCAAAAAGGCUUCAGGCGACGAUGGUCAGGGGAAAGAACAAAUCAGCCUUGUAGACGUCUGCCGACAAGCCACACCAUCAACAUGCAACCUCAACCCAUUGCUAUUCAACGGCCACUUGCAGACCGCCUGGACCACGCUCAAGGAGAGUGUAGAAAUCCCGGUGUACUACAAGCGCAAGAUUUUCGAGCAGGAGGACGCUUUAUUUGCAGGACAGUUUGCAGUUGAUUUCGUUGUGCCGCCGUACGAACAGCCGGUGGACGAGGAAGCCACUGACGCAGCACGAAAAUAUACUCUCCCAUCGGGCCUUCCAUCACGAACGGCCCUUUUCUCUAAAGAUGAAUUGGAGUCGUUGCCGUCCGAUGACAGCAGACCGAUGCUUAUUGCCCUGCACGGCUUAACAGGCGGAUCUCACGAGGUCUAUCUCAGAUCCGUGCUGGCUCCUCUCGUCCUGCAGGAUCGGGGCUGGGAGGCAUGUGUUAUCAAUGGGCGAGGUUGCGCGCAAACAAAGAUUAGCACUCCAGUGCUAUUCAAUGCGCGCGCAACAUGGGAUGUUCGACAGUUGGUUAAAUGGUUGCGCAAAUCUUUUCCGAACCGUCCUUUGUUCGGCAUCGGGUUCUCCCUCGGAGCUAAUAUUUUGUCUAAUUAUCUCGGUGAAGAAGGUGAGAAUUGUGAGCUCAAGGGCGCUGUGGUCUGUUCCAACCCGUGGAAUCUGGACCUGUCAAACAGCGUCUUGAAACAGAGCUGGAUAGGGACGGAGGUAUACUCUUCUGCAUUGGGCGCUAAUCUCGUCCGCCUUUUCAACGAACAUGCCGACGAACUAUCAGAUCAUCCGCUCCUGAAAGUAGCAGAUGUGCAGAAGGUCAGAUACAUUUACGAGUUUGAUAGGGUCGUGCAAUGCGCCUUAUGGGGAUACCCAACUGAAGGCGCUUACCACCGGGAUGCCUCUUCUACAGAUUCUCUUCUGGCAAUUAAAAUCCCGUUCCUAUCCAUCAAUGCCGAGGAUGACCCGAUCUCCGUCAAAGAAGCAAUACCGUACAAUGAGUUCCAGCAAACGCCAUACGGGGUCCUGCUGACCACGUCCUGGGGAGGCCAUCUGGGAUGGUUUGAAGUUGGAGGGUCGCGAUGGUUUGUUAAACCGGCAGCAGAUUUUCUCGACUUGCUAGCGACGCAAGUCGACCUGACAGUUGCUCCAGUUCAAAGCAAGCAACCCGAGAAACCCGUUGCCAACGGUAAUGGCCAUAAAGAAGUCGAUCAACCCAACUUCCAUCCCAUGCGUCGUAAAUUAUUCUGGGAUACCCAUCAACAAUGA